GGGCGCAGCCGCUGUUGCGGAAGAAGGAGAAGGCGUCUGAGGGCGACGCCUGUCUGUGUGUUUACCGGGUUUCUCACUGUUUAAUGUCGGUGAAUUAGACUGUAAAAAAUGGAUUUUGGGGAUUUAUUCGACGAGCGGAUGUUUCCUUUCAGCGACUUUCAGGAGUUUACGUUUGUCCCGGGACAUCAGAGACUUUCAGAGCGCGUGAGGAAGCGUCUGUACUACGGUCUGGAUCAAGAUGCGUCUCUAGAUGCACUUUCCUGUCCUGUUACUGAUAUCGCCGUCGAGCUUCUCCAGAAGUCAGCCCCGAGCCCUAUACGGAAACUCCGCAAGAAGUACGCAGCACAUGUAGCCAGAGAAGCGUGCAUCUCCCCGUGCGCGAUGAUGCUGGCCCUGGUUUACAUCGAAAGACUCCGACACAGAAACCCUGAGUACCUGCAGCAGAUCUCCUCCUCCGACCUCUUCCUGAUCUCCAUGAUGGUUGCCAGUAAAUAUCUGUACGACGAAGGUGAAGAGGAGGAAGUUUUCAACGACGAAUGGGGCGCCGCCGGAAAGCUGGAUGUCCAGACGGUCAACAUGCUGGAGCUGAAUUUCCUCAGUGCCAUCGACUGGCGCCUGUUUGCUGAGCCCAGUGAGUUCUUUAAUGCGCUCAGCCGACUCGAAACCUGCAUCGCGGAGCGGCAGGGGACGAAGCGCGGCUGGUACACGUACACUGACCUGUGUGUGCUGCUGGAGCAGGCCAACUGGAGGAACGCGCUCGUCGCUGCCUACCAGCACUUCACCAAGGUCACGUGUAUGCUCGGUCUCCUGUACCUAACGAGCGUCACCGGUCUCCUCGCCGCGUCCGCGGCUCUUCACCAGCUCAACCUCCCGCACGCCGACCCCGUAAACCCCGCCCUCUUCCAUCCUCACGCCUCGGCCUCGUCGCUCCAUCCUCGCUGCUGCGUCCUCGCCAACACCACCCAAAAACCCGAACACGCUCCGGAUCUCCACCAGCACCAUCCCCGACACCGUCACGGCCCGAGUUCUGCUCCUCCCCUCCACCCGAACUCCGCCCUCUCUCUGUGGAGCUCGCUCCUCUCCGCUCUCGUUCAUUCGGACGCCCAGCCGACGGAGCUUCACGUGUGCGGCGCUCAGAACGCCACCUCGUUCGCCUGGUUCUCCUCCCACGAUCUCCUCGCUCAGUCGCCUUUCCUCCCGAGUCCGCUCGCCGCUUUUCACAGACACAGCUGCUGCCCCGAAGCUGCAAUGCCUUAUGGGAAAGCGCAGGUUCUCCUCAUACCGACUUAGAGACCGUGAGAUUGUCUUUCAACGUUUGUAAUGUUGGUGUUUUUUUUUUGUUUUUUUUUUGGUGGGAUUUUGUAUGUUUAACACCUUCUCUAUAUAUAAAAGCACUUUGAUCACGCGAGGGUGGAGGGUGGAGUUUGAGUAAAGAGUGUGUUAAUGAAGCUGGAAAAAAAAAAUCCACGUUUGUGAAGAAAACGUUUUAAAACUUGACGAACAAUUCAAAGGAAAUUUGAAUUUCAAGUUAAUCCUUACAUUUUUUGGCUAGUUUGAGCUGACGUUUUUACAAUUAAAAAAUAUAACAUACAUAAAAUAAAUUACAAACUUAAGUUAUAUAAAUCACUACCAAUAAUUUCAGAAAUUCAAAAAAGCACUCGAGUUGCCAGAUUACUCCCAGAAUCCCCCGUCUAAUCUUUUGUAUAUUUUUAAAUCGCGUAAAACAAAAUGGCUUCUACGUUUAGUUCCCGAUUAAAAGCACUGAUAUAAAAUAAAACGAAUAAAUAUUACAUAUAUUUUUGCAUUGAUACAGAUGAUAAAGAUUCAGAUUUUUUUUUUGAUAGAUUUUUUUAAAAACAAAAAAAACAAAACAAUUAAGCUCUUGAAACGGAGAAGAAUUUGGCAACCGAGUCCAUCAUCUUCAGCGAUCUUGCGUGUCGUUCCUUCGAAUCUGUGCCUCCAAAUGUUCUUCCUCAUGUAAGUUUUCAAACCUGUUUUGGUGAUUUUGGGUUUUUUUUUUGUUUGUUUUUUUUUUAGCUAAAAAAACAUUUAAGAAAAUUGAAAUGACAUAAGAAAGAGCGUGUAAGGCUUUUUGGUAAAGGUUUGGUAUUAUGGUGUUAUUGCUCUUGAGGUGAGGAUCGAAACAUUUACAUCGCCCCCUGCCUGUGAAAGAGUGUCGCUGCGUGGGUGGAAAUUCUUGACAAUUGAUACUCUUUUUUUUUUUUUUUCUUCUUCUUUUUUUUUUUUUUAUUGUAAAGUCGUUUUUGGAGUUUAACGACAAUCUGGGUGAAGCAUCAGCUCAGAGGAGUUGUGUGAGCUUUCAUGGUGUGUUCCUGCAGUGUGUGUUUUUUUUUUUUUUUUUUUUUUUUUUUUUUUUAACAGUCUAUGUUGCAUUGAAGCCCUGGACAAGUCAAGAACACUGAGGGGCAAGUAUUAAAUCGAAAGAGUUUUUUUUUUUUUUUUGAGCUUGUUAGACGAUCAGGUGACUCAGUGGCUGGAUCCCGAACUUCACUGCAAGUCAAAUAAAGUCACGGAGAAACGUUGCGCACUUUUCUAGCCUAGAAGUAGCUUGCUAAUAGCCUAGCGAGUAUUCCGAUAAGUUAUAACCUGACUGAGAUGCUAAACAAGAACGACCUCUAGGAUUAGGAUGUUACAUCUGUACCACAGCACUGUUGAAUUCUCGAUUUCGAUUGGUUAGAACGCGAUUGAUUUCCUAUAACCGCAGCUCUGACAGUAGCGCCGGCUCGUUCGAAUACGUUAUCGUUUCUAUAGUAACAGGACUUGUACGGCAGACGCUAUAUGUAAUCUAAGGCUAAUAAUAAUAAGAGUAAUAAUAAUAAUAAUAAUAACGUGGUGUUAUUUUAACAAAGAGAAACGUAUAAUCGUGAAGUUUUCUGUAAGGAGACGUUUAUUUAAAGUUUAUGGAAGGAGUCUCCGGUGUUUACGCUUUUCGGUUUUUCGGUAACGUGACAAGCUGAGGUUUUAAGACGAAAGGAAAAAGGAGGCUGUUGAGAGAACGACUCUUUAUAGCGGUUGUAACGUAAGUAGCGAAAUUAUAGCGUAAUGUAACUAGAAAUGGAUUUAUAGUAGGCUAUUACGUGUCGCUCAUCGAUACGUUAAAAAUUGUAGUUGAUGGCAAAUUGGAAUAAAACACUUCAGGACGCUAAAGCUGACGUGUUCUCACGUUGCAUUAUGGGAAAACGCGCCAUCCGUCAGCCGUAGGAACUUCUGUCAGGAUGUUUUAGUAGAAUCGAUUUUAUGUUUUUUUUUUUUCUACUAAAACAUGUACGCAGACGUAAAUUGUAGCGUUUGGAACAGAGCAACAAACAACGUUAAAUUUCGAGAGCGCUAACAUGCGAGCUGUUACGUUAGACUGAGGAAAGCUUUGCAAGUUCUGUUCUGGAAAAAGGUCGCUAAUUCUAUUUUCGUAAACAAUAGCUAAAUAAAUCUAGCCAACUUUUUUUGUUUGCUUUGGUUAUGAACUAUUAGUCGAGACUGCAUGCCGGUUCUUCUUGUUUGUUAUACAGCUUGAAGAUGAAUAAAGGAUUUGAUUGGAUAAAAGUA